AUGCACGCUGAUGGUACUGUCGAGAGGUACAAAGCGAGGCUAGUGGCACGGGGUGAUGAACAAGGGUAUGGCGUCGAUUAUACGUACACGUUAUUGGAUGUGAUGGAGAUCAUAUCUGGCAAGUCGAUUCUUGCGGUGACAAGAAUCUGGGGCGUGUCUGCGCGUCACGGCGAUGCACCAAGUGCUUGA